UUUGUAAAUGCAUUGCUUCUAUUUUUAGGCAUUGUAGCUUCAUUAUAGGCGAGAUGGACUCUAUAAAAUGGGAACAAAGUGAUGGAUAUCUAAAGAACAGCAGAAACAAGGAGCUGUAAAGUGAACAAGAUGGUUCAGCGGUCACCAGGGAGCAAGCUUUUGUGGACAGUGCUGCUAUGUUUCUUGGCUCAGGGUCAAUCCCUUGACCUGAAGGACCUGAUGGACAGAGCAGUUCAGCUAUCAGACAAACUGCACUUCCUUAGCGCAUCUCUAAAAAAUGAUCUGGAUUCCCAUCUUCCAGUGACGAUGGGAAAGAUUCCCAGGCUGUCUCUGUGCCACACAUCAUCUCUGAACACCCCUACUGAGAAAAGCCACGCACUCAGCCUUCCGGUGAGGCCAACACUGUUCCUAGCACUUGUUGCUGCCUCUUCCCUCCAGUAUCCUGUUAUCCCAGGCAACUAUUCCACCUUCAUACUCAUCCGCACCCUCCUCCUUUCAUGGAAAGAUCCCCUGCUUGCCCUCUCAUCAGACUCUCUGCCUUUCGCACAUCCCUACAAAAACAGGCUCUCCACUAAAGCCAGGCAGCUGCAUGAACAUUCUGACAGCCUCAGCACCGGACUGAAGACACUGGCUGACAGGAUGGGAACAUCGUCGUCCUCUCAUUCCCCCAUUGCUUACAACAAAAAACUUGGAGAAGACAUUGAAUCACAAACGGUCAACUUUCACUUCCUGUUGUCCUGCUUUAGGAGGGAUUCACACAAAAUUGACAAUUUUCUCAAAAUCCUUCGAUGCAAGGCUGACAUACUCCAACAAGCAUGCCAAUAGUCCAAAUGUAACCGUUGCUGUAUUGUCCACUUCAUGUGGAUUACACCCAAAAAUGAAUGGUGAAACAAGGAAUAUACCAGUUCAGUUAGUUUUUGCCUUUGGUUCUAAGCGUUUUCAUGUGUAACAGUCCAGUGUCAACAUAAAUAACCUGUAAUCCAAGACUUCAGAGAACAUCUUGAAUUCCAAGCUCUUGGCCUAAUUGGUAUUUUGCAUAUUCAAACUUAACCCAAGUAAUAAAGCUUUGAGUCUGCUAUAGUGUCGAGUAUUUUUGAUAAAAACAAAUUGGAGAAGGAUCUGUGUGUGUGUGAGAUAUAAAACAAAAUCAGCAGAAUAAUUGUGGAUUGUCAGGUUUUGCCCCCAUAACCCUGACCAUGGUGAGUGUUUGAGGAAGGACAAUUUUAAAUGAAUUGCUCAGCAAUUACAAAAUUUAUGCUUUACUUGCUUUUUCUCCACCAGGAAGGGUGUGAAUGGUGUCCAAUUUAUGCUCUGAACUCCAGCACCAAAAGGUCAGGUCACUGCAUUUUGGCACUACUAUUAACGAUCACGGCCAAAACCGUUCACUAUACAGAGGUGCAACAAAUCAAGUACCUGUGCAGUAAUGUGUGAAGUAGGACCUCCCAA